GUCACUGUGCUGAUAAGACAUGUGAUAAAAGUGAUGGCACCUGUGAUGAUGGAUGUGAAAUUGGAUAUAAUAGCCACACGUGUGAUCAAAGUGAGUAGUAAGAAACACAAUAUAUGCAAUAAGAUUUUGCCCUUUUAAAAUUAAGCGCCACUAUUAUCAACAGUUUGAGAUUUCUAAACAUAUAUUUUUAACACGCACACAGCUUAACUAGAGUGAAACUGUAGGGCUAUUUAUUAAACCAUAUUGUUAGAAGAAAUAUAUUGGAGUUUUUUUUUUGUUCGCAUUAAUCAUUAGUAGAUUCAGAUUAAAUAACACCAAUAAGCUUAAAAGAGAGGGAUUAUUUUAGAGAAAAAGUUGCACUUUUGGAGUUGAGAUAAGGUGGUGAAAUUUAGAGCAUCUUCAGCUAAAGACGUAAUGGGGAAAGAUAUGACCUCUACAAAUAAGGACAGUGUGAGAAAAAGUUGCACUUUUGGAGUUGAGAUAAGGUGGUGAAAUUUAGAACAUCUUUAGCUAAAGACGUAAUGGGGAAAGAUAUGACCUCUACAAAUAAGGACAGUGUUGGGGGGGGGGAAUUUACGACAUCGACAGCUAAGUACACGAAGGGGAGAAGGGAUGGUUGAUCUAGGAAGAGAGAAGUUUGAUGUCAAAAUAUUUAUAUGACCUUUACAGAAACUGGGUUAAAUAAAUGGUGUUUUUGAAUCAAAUAAUUAUUUUCAUUAAACCUCUUUCCUCCGUACACACAACAAGGCAGGAUCUGACAAUGACAGGCUAAUAUUAAUAUUUACACAAUCUGUCAAUCAAUUUACAACUUAAUCAUAAAACUGCUUUUAUACAUAAAAAUGCUUCUUAUAAGCCACUCCGACCCACACAAGAAGCAGACUGCAAUGCUUUUAUUGUUACGUCAAUGAAAGUAACCUAUCGUUUUGAAAUUACACUUAAGUAAAAAGCACACGAAUUUUAUUUCUUUUAACAUUUUGGUUAUAAUUUUGUUGACAAAAUAUUCAUAAAACUAUCUUUUAAUAUAUAAACUUGUUCUUUUUAUAAGAAAAACUAGCGAGUACCCGGCAUGCGCCGCAAUGUCUCUCAAAGACAGAAAGUGUUCGCAUUUUAACUAUGUUUUAACUAUGUUUCUUGAAGAGCUUUUGAAUACAAAAUGUUUUGUUUUGGUUUUCCGUCUGGUGCAUACACAAAUAAAUCACAAGGUUUUCUAACGAAAAUUUGGUACGUUGACUCCAUACGAGAUAAACCAGAACCACAAUUUUACGUAACUUCAAUGUCUUUUUUCCUGUUUUUUUUUUACAUUUUACAAGUCAGAUCCUUUCAAUUCUUCUUUAUUUUGUUUCUGUCUGUUUUUUUUUCACACACUUCCAUUUGUUCCCAUUUUUAGGUGGAAUAUAUGUAGAAAUAUAUUAUGUAAAAUUAAUGUAUAAUUAUUUUUAAAAAAAUUUGUGUUUUACUAAUGAAGGCAUGUGCCAAAACGUAUUAUGGACAAUUAUUAUCAAAGCUUAACUAAUAUUGUUAUAUUGACAUAAACUGUACGUGUGUUUUUAAUCUGUCCAUCGGAAAAGCAUAUUUUUUCCAAAUUUAGUCCGAAAACGUGUCGUGAUUGUCCCUGUGCCUUAUUGAUGGUAAUUGCUAAUGCGAGUGACACUGGAAAGUGAAGACGUUUGAAUUCAAAUGGCACAUCUUGUGGAAUCAUUGGGAUGCUUGGCAACAGUACAUCUUCUACUUUCAAUUGUACUUUAAAACAGUAGCUGCAAUGAUAUUGUUCAUCAUUGUUUCUAUUGAAAGCUUGGUACCGUUGCAAAGUCGUGGUGGAUUCAUGUUUCGUGAAAGUAUGAUAGGCACGCCAAUAUUCAGUGUUAAAUCUUGCGACAGAUUGCCUUGCAAGACAAGUGAAUUGAAGAAUUCUGUUGGAUAAUUGAUGGAUUUAUACGAUGGCGUUUCGUCGGGGGAUUUCACUUUGAACGCUUAAGUUGAUGACAUUGACAGCGUUGUUUUUGGCUGCUAAUAUACCACGUGUACUGAGCCAUUUCUUUAUGUAUGUAAAUUUGUGCACUGUUGGGAAACAUUUUAUGAAAUAUUUCGUCGAUGAUUGGCGUAAAUGUACAGAGGGUUGUGUGCGGUGUAAACCAUUGUGUGUAUUCAUUGAUUACCAUUUUUUCAUUCCCAAUGUCCAAGAAUUUUUUUGCAAAACGUUCAGCGGAUGCAUCAUUGUGUAGUUUUACACGCAUAUUGGUUUUCUGUACAUGUCACCAUAAAACUGAUGAUUUGAGACAUGCAUUGAAUUCAUCAGCAGCUGUUAAACGUGGUCUAACUGGUAGAGUUUGUCGAAAAUAAUCAGAAGAUAAAAUAAGUGCGCCACCGAAAAGCUGUUAAUUUCCUCUUAAAUCAUUUAGUGUAAGAAGGAACGCUUCCAUAGUGCAUUAGUCCCAUAUAAUGAGUUGACAUGAUUGGAGAACUUUACAAAUUCCAGAAUUUCUGUUUAUAUUGCAUGUUGGUGUCUCAGUGAUUUGCAUAUUCAUCGGCACUUUCAAUGCUGAAAGCGCUGUUCAGCCACCAUCCAAAAGAGUUGCAGCAAUUCAAGAUGAUGCGAUUGCAAGUGCAAUAUUUUUUAGUGAUCGUAUGGUUGCCAAAUAAGUGAAAUUAGGGAAGUUUUGACCGUGCCUCCGAGCGCAUCUAGGAUAUAUAAUCCACUGCUUUGACUGGUAAUUGCAUGCAUAAGUCUGUCAUACAGACUGAGUAGUUCGGGGGAACGAAAAUCGAAAGAUUCAUUUGAACAAAUGUACCUAAUUCUUCUAUUUAAACGUGCGGUUCUCGUUGCAAAUCACGAUGGAAAGGUUGUUUGCAGAUUGAUUCGGAGAAUUCAUUCCCAACUCUACAAGUGCUUUGUUAGAGAUUGCCAAACAUAUGUCAUAAAUCAAAACCGAUGCCUCGUUAUACACGUUUGGUGUAAAUUUAAUGUUCGGAUUUUGAUUCGUUGCACGCAAACAAUGCAGGAUGUCUUCACUAAUGUAGUCUUUAUAUUUCUCCCAAAGAUCUUUCGGAUUGGAUGGGAUGUACGUUGUCAAUAUGAUUGUGAACACAAGGCUUAUUUUCUGUGGUUGAGGAACAUUCGAUGCAUCAGAGAGCGAAGUGUCCCGAUGAGCAUCGUUUCCCAGAAGUUUUAAUUCUUGGCAAGCUUCACGAUAAGUGGAUAAUACUUCAACGUUUACCGUUCUCAUUUCUUGGAAGGAUUUUGGUCCACGUACCUUGAUUACAGUAACUGCAAGUAAAAUCAUUCUGCAUUGUUUGGGUUAACAGUGUACAGACGGCCUAAUGUGUCGGCAAAAUAUAAAUUGUGGUGUUCUUCAAAUGCUUUAACUUGUUUGCGACGUUGAAAGCUUUUCUCUGAUGUAUUACAUGUGUAAUAUGUUGACACUUGAGAGUAAAGUAGCGUCUUUGCAAAAAAUAUUAUUCCCGCACAAUGAGAAAAAUGCAUUUAAUGUUUUUAUCGGAGGUUACACUGCUCUUACACGAGCAUUUUCUGUUGUGAAGUACAUCGCUGUCCGUUUUCAAGGUGCACUGCUGAAUGAGCAGCUGUUGAAUGGCGUUCAUGGAUUGAAAAUGAUAAAAUGCGCCGUACUGCUUCAUUGCUGAUAAUGUAGCGUCCAAGUUGAUUAUUGUAGACUUUAUAUGAUUGAUCCAGUUAUUUUUUCCACUUCAAAAACUGCCACAUCGCUUCCUUUGAUAACAUAUUUGCAAACGAGCGUGAUCAAUUUUACAGAAUUGCAAUACUCGACAUUGAUGUGUGCUUUGAAAGUUUUCGAGAGUAGCGCUAAAUACGGUACAACCCAACGAUUAUCGACUUCAACAUUACUGUUUCGUACUUUUUAUAGUGAGUGAUUUACCACCAUCAUCAGUUGAUCGUCGACGAUACAGUGGAUAGGCAUCAUUGCCUGUGAUAGUCUCCGUAAUUAAAUCUCUUGGGUAUCGUUUUGUACAUUUCCCAUCAGACAUGCAUGGUGAAUUUUCUUUGCGUAAGCCACAUGGACCGUAAAUAUUGUUUUUGGUGACGAUUUCUAAUAAGUAUUGAUCAAUGUGUCACCUGAUAGAAACGUUGAUAAUGGUUCGGGCAGAACAUGUAAUUCUGGCAAUUUCACUUUCCCAUCAGCACAGCAAAUUUACAAAUGCUUCAUUCUUCAAUUUGAGGGCACUGCAUUACAAGCAUUGCAAAUUUAUACUGUUUGAAAUUAUAGUUAUAUAUCAUAUAUAGGAAAAAACAAGCAUAGGGCCCUUGGCUAAAAACGGAAUAUUCUCAAAUUGUUAUAAUAAUUUAAGAAACAUUUGCGGGCGUGCGUACACAAUCUCUCUAACUUUUAUCCCAUUCUAAUAAAUGGUAGAGGAGCGCAUACCGAAUUAUUAUUAUUAUUUUUUUUACAAAGCUGGAAUAUGGAGAAAAAAAACGAAAUUGGGGCCAACUGCGCAAAACGGAAUAUUUUAGAAUGGUCGUUAGUCUGGAAGACUACAGGGGAAAAACCACAGUUGUCCAAUUUUACACAUUUUCGCGUUUGCGUCCCUUUCAUCGAGUACUGGUGCUUAACUAUGACCUCUGAAAAUAUACAAGCGAAAACCCACCGUAGUCACCCGUUAUUGAGGUAUUUAAAAAUAGGCUACAAUGGAAUAACAACCGAUGUCCAAUGUUUACAAAGGAAAAGUCACAGCUGUCCAAGUUAUUUUGGUACAAACCAAUGAGAAUCUAGAGAAAAGUCACGUGACCGGCUAGCAACAUUGCAAACAACAAACAUGGCGGAUGUUGUAGAUAAACCGAUCGUCACAGAUAAGCCGAAGAAAAAACAAGUUACUGGACGAAAAAGAGAGUUUUCUCGAGAUGAGAAGUUAAGAAAUCAUGUUACAGGGCCACCUUGUAACUGUAAGGUGCUAAAAUGCUUCCAGAUUACUACCGAAGAUGACAGGUCAAAGAUGAUUUCCCAUUUCAAUUCGUUGAAAACAAAAGAUGAGCAGGAUGCAUUCCUUGCCUCGCUCAUUUCAGUUCAUUCAGUUCAGCGUCGCCGUAGCAGAAAGGAAGAGCCAACAGAGGCAGAAUUUCACAACCAUUCUUAUAAAUACCAUAUGAAUAUUGUUAGAGAUGGUAGAUGCACUCGAAUUGAUGUGUGUGUCAAGGGAUUUAUAUCUAUAUUUGAUGUGACAGAAAACCGUGUCAGGAGAAUCAGGGAAAGCCUAGCAGCCACAGGUGGGUUAACUGAUUUUGUUUUAAUUUAAACCAACCACUUUUUAUUAAUGGAAAGUAUGUAAAGACUUUCUUUAAUAAAUGAUAAUCAUUUUUGAUAUUACUGAUAUAGAACAAAAGAAGCCACUGCCACUAUGUUAAAGUUAAGCCUUUAACUUAAAACUAAAACUUAGUAAAACUAAGUAUUGUACUUGUACAUGUUACAUCUGGGCAAAAGACUCAUAAUCUUAACAUUAUGUCCUCUGUUUUUUUAAAUAUAUUUUAAUCUAGAAUACGAGAGAAAAGAUGAUAAUAAUAAUAGAAAUGUUUAUAAAUAAAUAAAUAUAUUAAAUAAUAGAAAUAUCAUAACUUAUUCUUUGUAUUAAAUUUUAUUAUUAUUUUGUUUUUCCUAAUUAGGUUUGCCAUGCAAAGACAUGCGAGGGCAACAUAAAAUCAGACCACAUGCUUUUUCUGCUGUAGAUGUUGAUCUGAUCAUUCAGCAUAUUCAGUCAUUUAGAGGACGUUCCUCACAUUAUGCAAGAAACAAGACCACCAGAUUGUACCUUUCAGAGGACUUGAACAUUUCUAAAAUGUAUACUAUGUUCAAGGAGAAACACCCGAAUCAAAAAUGCUCAUACGAAAGCUAUCGUGGUAUUUUCAACAGCAAAUUUAACAUUUCAUUUGGGUAUCCAAGGAAAGACACUUGUUCAGUAUGUGACAAAAUAAAGAAAAAAAUGGAAUGGGUAGACAGUCAAGUAGGCCUACCUGUCGAGUCUGAUGGUGAAAACACAUUAUUAAGCCAGAAGAACGAGUUAAAUGUUUCGCUUGAGCUCCACCAGAGGAAAGCUGAAGUGUUCUACCAGAGGAAAAGAGCUGCUCGAUUUGAAGUACAACGCUCAAAUGACUUUGAGGCAAUCUGCUUUGAUUUCCAAAAAAAUGUACCAUGCCCCAACAUUUCAACGCAGGAUGUAUACUACUCCAGACAGCUGUCAUUCUACUCCUUCAACAUCCAUGCCUUUCAUCCCAAAAAGUUUAUUUCUAUUGCUAUGAUGAGACUGUGGGCAAGAAUGGCUCCGAUGACGUGUGCUCAAUGCUCCAUGAUUAUUUCACAGCUGCCACAUGAAGUGAAACAGAUCAAGUUGUUUUGUGAUUCUUGUGCUGGGCAAAACAAAAACAGGACUGUAUUAGGUUUUUUAUAUUAUCUAGUUCAUAAAACAGAGCGAUUUGACAACAUCACAAUGUCAUUUCCAGUUCGAGGACAUUCCUAUAUGGAAUGUGAUAGAGAUAUGGCCAAUGUAAAUCAAAAGUUUCCAGCAGAAACACCAGCAGACUGGAGGAAUGUUUUGCAGACCACACGUACAAAACCAGAGCCAUACAAUGUCAUCAAUAUGACAAGUGACAUGUUUUUGAAAUUCACAGAAUUUCUUAAACCACAUUUUUUGGCAGUAUGUCCUUUCCAGACCCGCUCGCUUAGAGAGAUUCAGAUCUCAAAGGGUCAUCCUCACCUCAUUAUGUACAAGGACAGCUGGAAUGGACCUUUCAGCUCUAUGCCUGUUACUCCCCGACAGGCUAGAGCAUCCGGUCGUGCAGCAAGAGGCAGAAAGCAGACUCAAGCAGCCCAUGUGGCUCAGUUAUGUGAUUAUCCAAGGCAAGCCUACACAGCUCCUCUGCCCCUCUCCAGUGCAAAAUUUAAAGACUUAUCAAAGUUGAAAGAUUUUGUGAGUGAGCGAAAUAAACCGUUCUUCGAGCAACUGCCUCAAGAUGACCUCAGCAGCCAGGAAUCAGACCAAGAGGAAAGAUCAGACUCUGACUCAGAAUCAUCAGAAUCUUAACAGACUGACAGAAGUUCUGUGUUUGCUUGCAUAAGAAAAAGUCUUAAUAAAUAGUGUGUGCUUUGAAUGUCUUUACUAUUUGAAUUAUUUAAGUGUGCAGGAUUGCCAGGGAAAAACAACUGAUGUCCAAAAUGGAUGUCUUGGUUAUAAAUGCAUAUUGUGAAGAUGUAUGUUGGCUCAGUAACUAAAUCAUUACAUCUAUAUAUCAGGGAUUGAAUCCAUUUUCAUUAAAAAAUUCUUUCAAAUAGAAAUCUUUAAAAUCAAAUGCUCCUGAAGUCUUCAAACACAAAAUUUCAUUUAUCUCAAAAAUAGAAAAAGUGGACAACUGUGGGUUUUCCCCUGUAGUCUUCGGUUAUUAUCACUUAGAAAAAUAAUCCGGCUUGAGGACAACAACUCACCUCAGUUGUAUCGUAAUCGCUUGAAUUGUGUAGGAGUGCAUACGGUUUUAAACAAUUUUUAUUAGCUCAUAUUCGAAAAUAGGAACAUAGGGCCCCUGGCUAAAAACAAAAUAUUGUAAAACGAUUGUAAUAAUUUAGAAACCCUUUGUGGCGAUUGCACAAUAUCUCACAAUAGUUUUAUCGCAUUUUGAAAAAUUGUAUGGGACCGCACACGGAAAUUAAUUUUUACUAAGCUCUUAUAAUAAAAAAUAUGAAGUUAUGUACAAUGGCAAAAAACGGAACAUUUUAAAAGUUUUGUAAUGACUCAGUAAAAUGCGCGAUCAUAUGGAAAAAAACUCACCAAAGUUUUGUCGCAAUCGCAUGAAUGAUGUAGUAGCGCACUUGGUGGGAAAAUAUAUGUCUAUAUAGCUAAUAUUAGAAAAAAACGAACAUAGGGUCCUUGGCUCAAAAUGGAAUAUUUUAAAACGGUUGUAAUAGUUUAAAAAGCUUUGCGGGCAUGCUCGCAACAUCUUACCAAAGUUUUAUCGGAACCGGAUAAAUGGCGUAGGAGCGCAUAUGGAAAUUAUUUGUUACAAAGCUCAGAUUAGAAAAAAAAAAUUAAAUUAAGAGCCAACGGCUGAAAAGAGAACAUUUUAUAAGGAUUGUAAUGACUCAGUCAAAAUGCCGGUUAUGUGGACAACAACUGACCAAAGUUUGACGCAAUCGCAUGAAUGGUGUAGGAGUGCAUUGAUGGAUGUAAAGAUGGAUAUAUCUCGAACAGUUACAAAUUUUUUUGUAAUUAUUGUCGUUUAUUUUUUUAAAUAAUUUUAAAACUCAGUUUAUUUUUUUUUUUAAAUGGUAGAAAAUUAAAACUUUGGCUAUAAAUGGUAUGAAACUUAAUUGUAUUAAUUAAUUUAAAAAAUAAAAAUAUGCUGAUAUGAUAAAAAAAACAUUCAACUAUGCGAAUUGCAUAUCUGAAGAAAGUACAUUGUAUAUAUAAUAUCCCUAAAAUUGAUCCUUAAAACUUGUAUUAAUAUUAAUCUUAAAUAAAAAAAUGCGACUAGUAUAAUUUAGUAUACUGCAUUAUUUUCCCUGACAGCAUGCCCAGCUUUGGCAAAGACUGUCAAUAUAACUGCAGGGAUCUCUGUUUGGACAACACUUGUAAUGUAACUAAUUGUAGAAGUGAUAGUGGAUAUAAUCCUGGAUAUUUGAAAGAUAUGUCAGCAGUUAUAAGUGUAAUUCAAAAUAAUUAUAAAAAGCAAAACAAGGCCUUAUUUUAUUUAUAGUUAAUCAAAAAUAUUAACUUAUAUAUAUAUAUACAUAUACAUGUAUAUAUAUAUAUAUAUAUAUAUAUAUAUAUAUAUAUAUAUNAUCAGCAAAUGUCACAUUAUAUAUAUAUGUCGUAUAACCGGAACAAGCUAUGGAGGGAAAAAAAACAUUAGAAUAAAGGCAUUUUGAAAAUUAAAAAAGAAACAGUUCAUUGACUAUUGUUUGCAAAUGAAUUAUCUCUAUGAUUUUUGGUUGUAGAUCGAAAUUUAACAAAUUAUUUAACUGUAUUGAUAGUAAACUUCUCAAAACCCUUUUGAAAUUGCUUUUGAUGAUAUCAACUAUAAUGUAAACAGAUAUGGUUGCCAUUAACAGCAAUUACUUCAUAUUUUAGCCAACUAAGACUGAUCUUUACUGCAUUGACAUUUUAAAAAACAUAAUAAUUAAACUUAAUAUAGAUCUACGAGUAAAAUUAUGACAUUCGUUGUAUGAAAUAAAGAUCUUAGAAAGGAGCAAAUCUGAAAAACUAAAUUACAGAGACGUUUAAAAUAACCUAAACUGUGAAAGUAUGUCAUGUUGCAGUGGCGUAACUAGGGGAUGCGGGUGGGGGGUUAGGCACCGGGUGACAUCAUCUCAUGGAAGGUGCCACCUAAGUGAAAAAGUGAAUAUUUAGAGAGCACUCACGCCUCGGUCUAACCGAUACACAUCAAUUUUACAAACAUGUAACCAAUCUAAAUGUUUUAAAAAGUUAUAAAAAGUUAAAGAUUCGUGCUGAGGUGACCCUAUAAUUAGGUAAGAAAAACACCACUUUGACGAUAAUUCAACGCCGAUUGAAAUGUUCGGUAAAUUCCGAAAGUGACUUGAACCAAUAUUUAUAUAAAUUCUGCAACAUGAAGCUUUCCAUUGAUGCCAAAUACCAUGUGAUUAGGCGAUCAUAAGUACAUGUCACAGUUCUUAAAUACAUUUACCUCCUGACCUUCAAAUAUUGUGGCAUGGUUGUUGUCGUUGUUAUGCUGUGGACUUAUUUUAACAAGUUAAAAUCAAUCAAGGUAGCAUUAGGGAGGGGAGAGUGACACAAUGAGCUUACCGCUCCGGGUGACCCUAUCUUAGCCAAUAACCUGAUGUCUUUUAAAUUUGUUAUUGGACUGACUCUGUUUUAUGUUACUACUUCAAACAGACAAUUAUAGGAAUUACACACACAAAAAUAUGUUAGAAUACAAUAUAUACUUAAUAGAAAGGUUGUUAAAUGACUAGAAAGGUAUCAAUAAAGAAAAACAGACAUGGCGACUGACUCAAAAAAAAUAAAAAAUUACAUUUUUUAAACCUUAAAACGUUUAAACAACUAUUUUAUUAGUGUGUCCGACACUGACAUGGGGAAGCAAGUGUCUAAAGCGCUGCAGUCACCACUGUCUCAACAAAACCUGUAACUUUGUCAAUGGGAUCUGUGACCAUGGAUGUGACGGUGAUUUCAAC